GCCAUCCUCGCCACCCGCAGACGACGACCCCCAACCCCCGCACGAGACGGCGCCGCCCACAACGUUUGCGACCACCACCACCAUCAUAGCACUCGCACCUCGCCUCUGAUUCAUCAGCCAUGGCGUUCGACAGCGCGACGCAGGGGCGCAGCGCCUCGCCGCACCCGCUUCCCUCGCUCCCGCCCUCCCCGAGCGAGGCGGACCUCGGCCGGCGGAGCGCCUGGGACGAGCACGAGAUCGACGACGGCGAUGGCGACGGCGACGGCGACGACCACAACGACGACGAAUACGAUGAGCUCGAAAACGAGCCCCGGACGCCCACGGCGCACAGCGCGCGGGGCACCAAGGGCAAGGGCAGGGGCUCCGCGGGGCCGCUCGCGGCGACGUACGCAGAGGGCGGGACGGACGAGGCGCUCAGGGAGAUCGACGGCGCGCAGGGGCACUACCCGCCCACGACGGACGGCGACGCAGAAACGCGGCGGAUCGAAGAGACUCUCAGGCGCUGGGAAGUCGCAGAACGCCAACGGCGGAAAUCCGCGCGCGAUGCGGUCGCCGCCGCAGCCUCCGCCGCCGCCUCCGCCUCCGCCGCAUCGUCCUCACCCACAACCGCCGCGGCGCCCUCCGUCGUCGCCGACGUCGCGCGGCGCGCCUCGCACCUCUGGGCCUCGCGCAGCUCGCGCGCGCCCACCGCCGGCGUCGGCGCUCACCACGCCCUCCACACCUCCGACGACGCCGACGCCGACGCCGACGUCGACGCCGUCCCGCUCUCCACCCUCGCCGGCCCUCACGCCCUCUCCCCGCCCCUCCCGCUCUCGCCCACGCCCUCCCGCCCGCCGACGCCCCCCUCCGCCGCGACGCUCACGCCCGAAACCGAAAACCCCUUCCGGGACCCCUACGGCUCCUCCUCCUCCUCCUCCCUCUUCGUCAACGCCCAGCCGCCCGCCUCCACGCCGCCCUCCGCGUCCGGGCCCGGCGCGGGCGCAAAGCCGGGGUUCGCGCCGCCCGAGCCGCUCGGGCUGCCGCAGCCACGGACGCCGCCGCCGCGCACGGCGACGCCGCACGCGAACCGGCCGCCGGAGCCCAUGCCGCCGGCAGCGUUGACGAGGACGGGGGGCCGAGGGGCGCGCGGCGGGGAGGAGGCGGGGGAGAAGCCGGUGCGGUGGUGGACGGAGUGGUUGUGCGGGUGCAGCGAGGGGCCCGAUCGGGGAGGCGACGCCCAGGCGGGCCGGACGAACCCACUCGAAUGA